AUGUCUAGUAAUACGCUUAGAACCAUAAGAGAUUUCUUCAGACCUGCACAAGCCCCAGCAGGACAGCCAUCUACACCAGGCACCGCAGCCUCACCGGCUCCGGCUCCAGCUCCAACGGCUUCAAGCGCGAUAGUCGGUCCACCACCACAUACCUCCAACUCUAAGAGGGAGGCGGAACUGGCUACGGAAAGGCCUACGUCCAGUCUAUCACCUCCCCCAAGCAGUCUCUUUUCAAGUCCAUUACCACCACCAAGGAAGACUGAACUACCUAGCGUUCCCGGCGAUAGCUCAUUGGACAGAGAAAGAGAAAUUAAAGGCUCUGAUGAUGAAGACUCGGAUUCAGACUCGUCCUUCCCAGAGCUCUCCGCGAUCUUUGGAUACGGGAAUUCCGCAAAGCCCCCAUCUUCAGCGACCACGGCCACUGCCUUCACACCAUCCACGCCCACUACGUCAAGAGUCAAGAAGGGGCCUUACAACUUCCAUGUAUCGCCACUGGCAGUACUUCCAAAAUAUAGGUUUGAUCUAAAGUCAUUAAUCAGCCAUGUGGAAGCCGACGAGGCCACGGAGGCUAGCUCCAAAAGAGUCAAGGCGAUGUUAGCAAGUUCAGGAGAUGAAGAUGAUUCUCCCGUCUUUGCAAGUGAAAGCCAUGUCAAUUCGACAAACCUUGCGCCCGGGGGGUUAUUAGAAUCCGUCGUCGCCGACCAAGAAGAAGGGGGGAUGAAAAAGGUCACACGUGCUCUGAUGAGGACUGAGGCGACCCAUGUGGAGAAACGAUGGUACUUCUUCGAUACACAGAGCCAGGCGCCAGUUCAUCCGAGAUCCUCUUUUCCCACGAAAUCAUUACCAGCAUCAUGGAAGAAAGAAUUAUCCAACCCCAAAACGCGAAAUCAAACAUUUAUCUCUGGCUUCGCCGAAGAUAUGGUUUUCUUUGGAAAACCGCUCCCUGAUGAGAUAUUGCUAUGGAUACUUGACGAGGUGUGUUUCGAGCCGCGUGAGGCACUUCGGACUUCCUACUUGAGCACAAUAAAGGAGUCGCGAGAGCAAAUUGGACGAUUAGUCACUCCCGACCUAGUUGAACGGGUAUUUCAGAACCUCGGAGCGACCGCAGUAGCAACUACUGUCACAGAAGCGAUGAAACCGAGUCUAGGGCUCAAGGACCCUUAUCCAAACCAUGACUGGGCAAACCUUCGUUCUGUUGUACGAUUCUUCGGCCGAACUGCAAGACAAUUGCGGCAAAAGUCGAGAGAACAUAUUUUAUGUCUACUUUUACGGAUGAGCGCAGAUCAUAUCGUCUGUAAAAGUAUCGAUAUACUUAACGUAUUUCAAGAUGCAAUAAGACGGUUAUGUCGGUAUAUCCCUGACGAUGCUUGGGAGACUUCUUGUCACGCUAUCUGCACGUUACUGUUCAACACUGCUAGACAGGCGCCUCUUCGCCUUCAAAUCGUUGAUUCAAUACCAUCGAUUACACCAAGAACACAUGAGCUAAGGAGAAGAUUGGCUAUGUGUUUCUUUUUCAACGACCUUUCUCACUCCUCUACCCCUCCCCAUACCGCCAUAGAUCUCAAUUGGUUCAUCGAUCGACUUGAAGAUCCGGCUUUCGACACAAACUCUCGCACCGACUACCACGAGCUUUCAGCCCUAGUAUCACUCUUAGAUAUAGCUGUAGAUGACGGGAGAUCCGUAAAUGUAGACCUGACUGAUAACGAAACCGCCCAACGUUUUGAUGAUGACGUUGACGCCUUAGUCGAGGCUAUCAGAGAGGUCAUGCGAUGCAUUGGGAAUCCUGGAGCCGCAUAUAUCUCCAGAAUCGAAGCAAAGGAAGGACUAGAACUUGUCAGUCAACGGAUUUCGGACACGCUGCGAACUAAGCCUAAACGGAGAGCUAUGCAUUUCGAUAACCCUCGUGGGAAAACCAUUGAGGAUCUUGAAAAGGAGAAGGCUGGAAUGAGUGCAUUUCUAUCGAAGAUGAAAGGCAAGGUUGAUGCUAAGAGUCAGAGUUUAAAAUAG